AUGCCCACAAAGCGUAAAUUUAGCUCAAGAUUUCCAACGGUUUGCCAUUUCUUUAAUUUUUUUAUUGCAUUUUAGGCCAGAAUCAAGAAGAUAAUGCAGUUAGACGACGAAAUUGGGAAGUUAGCUGCCACUGUGCCGCCUGUCGUUUGUAAAUUUUCUUGAUAAAUUUUACUCGUCUAGCCCGUGCUUUAGAACUUUUUAUAGAACAGCUUACUUCAAAAGCCUUCGAGCUGGCCGUUGCCAGAAGCUCGAAAACCAUUCUUCCAUCAUUUGUGUAA